AUGUCUGAAGGAGCUAUUUUAGACUCACCUAAAAAUCAUAAGGAGGAAGAUAGUAAAAAUAUAAAAACACUUCUUCAAUCUUCAGACCAAAACCUAAAACAAACAGUGGAACGGCAAGUGACAAUAUGUGAUGUGGAGGAGGUGAACAUGAUUCAAGAAACUUCCUUUAAAAAUAACGACGAAGAUGUUCAACUAUCAACCGAGAAGGUAAAGGAGAACCACUCUUCCUCAGAAUUGGAGGACCAUAUAAUAAAUACAGUCAACAGUACUCAACAUAUAGCCGAAGAAAAUAAUGCUAGCAUAGAAAAUGGACAAAAUAUAAACAGACGAAAGUGUCAAUGUUUUUUAGAUGUUUUUGAGUGUACGAUUUGGGCUUUAAGAAGUAUGGCCUAUUCCAUAUCUUCUUUUUUCAGACGAAAUUGUUGUUGUUAUUGUGCACGUAAGGUAGAUUUAAGUAAGCGUGAAAUAAAUGAUGAUGGUGAUGGCGAAUGUUGGGACGGAAAUGUGAUGGAUAAUGAAGGUGAUUACUGCACGUAUAACCUAAAUAAUGAUGAUACUAAUGAAAGAAAGGCAAUAUUCCAUUUAAAUGAAGCUUUUGACGAGGGAAUCAGCCAGACGCCUAAAGAUCAUUGUAAUAUAAGUAAAAAAAUUGUUGAUGAUACUGAAACAAGUCAUUCAAUCGACAAAAAUGAAGCUUGUAUUGAAAAUCAUAGAAGUGACAUCGAUUUUGAGAAUUCUGCUUCAAAUGCUGUUUGCCAUGUGAACAUUCACCAUGAAGCUCACGGGAAUAACAGUUUAGUUAACAGCAGUGGUGGACAUGAUAUCUCUGGAGGAGAUCGUGGUGGGCAUGAUUUUUCUGGAGGAGAUAGUGGUGGGCAUGAUUUUUCUGGAGGAGGCGGUGGGGGCUGUGAUUUCAGUUCUGAU